GGAAGAGGGAGAGGAAGAGGAAAAAUGUUAAGAGAAGAUAAAAACAUGGUUGGAAAUCCUAAAAGAAGCUUGGAGGAAAUUAGUUCAGAUGAAGGAAGUGAGAUAGGAUGUAAAAGAAUGGUGAAAGAAGAGUUCAAAAUAAUUCUGAAAUUCAAAAAUGAGGAGGAAAACAUCCAACUAAGUCCAAUAGCUGUAUCAAGAGAGUUAAAAAAGAAAAUAGGAGACAUUCAGUUUGCAAAAACUCUUCGAGAUGGAAGUUUGUUGAUUAUUGUAAAAUCUGAAGAACAAAAAAACAAAAUCCUUCAAAUUGAUAACAUCUGCAAGAAAAGUGUGAGAG